CAUUGACAGUGAUUGACAGGCGUCGGUGCCCAACUGGAUACCAGGCAUGGCGCAUAAACAAGCAGGGGAAGGUCUGAAUCUGACAGAAAGGCGGGACCGGAUAGAGAUUGAAAGGAGAAUACACCAUUCAGAGUGAGAAUCUGGGUAUUUGUGAGGAGAUUUGUCCAAUGGCGUUUCUAGCGGGGCGGGUCCUCGCAGUGUGGUCGAGAGAUGGAUUCGAGCAGGACGGGACGGGUAACAGCAAAGCCGCAAUUCCCAUUACAGCACUAGCGGCGAUAAUCUCCUCGUCCGUAGCGGAGGAGAGCGCGAUGGACUGUCAUUAAAUGCCGCUGUUUUUAAAAACAACGCCACUGGCUUCUGUGAAUUCCAGGUGGGCUGUGACUUCUUCGUGGAGGAGGGUAUCAAGCCCGUUUAAAUUAUCCCCUGUCAGGUGUAUAUGAGCUGCCGAGAUCAUCCACACUGCCCCUAUGGAUCGGUUCAAUGGAUGCCUUCAAAUCCCCAUUUAAUAAUAACUCAAGUGCCACUGGCUCUGCUUCCCAGUCAGCCAAGGCCGGCAGCGCUGCGGAGGCGGCGGCGGCGGCGGUCGGCUGCCAGCGGAGCCCCUCCAUCGCCCCUGCUGCCCCAGCCCCGUCGCCAGCCUCAGCCCCUGCGGUCUCUGGAUACUGGACGGCCGUCUUUGACUACGAUGCCAGCGCGGAGGAUGAGCUCAGCCUGCGGAAGGGGGACUGGGUGGAGGUCCUGUCCAAGGACUCGCUGGUCUCCGGGGACGAGGGCUGGUGGACGGGAAAGAUCGAGGAGAGAGUCGGCAUCUUCCCUAGCAACUACGUGAGCAGCGGACAGGGCAUCUCUGACCAGCUGAGGGGCAAGGCGGUGGACGAGUAUGCGGGCUGCCCUGCACUGCCCUUCUUACACCUGCUGGAGAUUGACUUUGCAGAGCUGGCCCUGGAGGAGAUCAUUGGGGUGGGUGGGUUUGGGAAGGUGUACCGGGCGCUGUGGCGGGGGGAGGAGGUGGCGGUGAAGGCUGCGCGGCGGGACCCUGACGAGGAGGUGGGCCAGACCCUGGAGAACGUGCGGCAGGAAGCCAAGCUGUUCGCCAUGCUGCGGCACCCCAACAUCAUGGCGCUGUGCGGGGUGUGCCUGCAGGAGCCCAACCUCUGCCUGGUCAUAGAGUUCGCCCGCGGGGGCUCGCUGAACCGCGCGCUGUCUGGCAAGAGGAUCCCCCCCCAUACGCUGGUGGACUGGGCCGUGCAGAUCGCCAGGGGCAUGCACUACCUGCACUGCCAGGCCAUAGUGCCCAUCAUACACCGAGACCUCAAGUCCAGCAACAUCCUGAUUCUGGAGAAGGUAGAGAACGAGGACCUGGGGAACAAGACCCUGAAGAUCACGGAUUUCGGGCUGGCGCGGGAGUGGCACAAGACCACCAAGAUGAGCGCGGCAGGCACCUACGCCUGGAUGGCACCCGAGGUGAUCCGCUCCUCCACCUUCUCCAAGGGCAGCGACGUGUGGAGUUACGGAGUGCUGCUGUGGGAGCUGCUCACUGGCGAGGUGCCCUUCCGUGGGAUCGAUGGACUGGCCGUGGCGUACGGCGUAGCCAUGAACAAGCUGGCUCUGCCCAUCCCCUCCACCUGCCCAGAGCCCUUUGCCAGGCUCAUGGAGGACUGCUGGAACGCAGACCCCCACGCCCGGCCCUCCUUCACCAGUAUCCUGGACCAGCUGACCGCCAUCGAGGAGUCGGGCUUCUUCGAGAUGCCCUCCGAGUCCUUCCACUCCCUGCAGGACGACUGGAAGCUGGAGGUGGAGGAGAUGUUCGAGCAGCUGCGAGCCAAGGAGAAGGAGCUGCACUCCUGGGAGGAGGAGCUGAGCCGAGCUGCACUGCAGCAGAAGAACCAGGAGGAGGCGCUGCGCAGGCGCGAGCAGGAGCUGGCUGAGAGAGAGAUCGAUAUCCUGGAGAGGGAGCUGAACAUCAUCAUCCACCAGCUGUACCAGGAGAAGCCUCGCGUGGAGAGUCGCAAGGGCAAGUUCCGCUGCAGCCGUCUUAAACUGAGGGACGGGAACAACCGGAUCAGCCUGCCCUCAGAUUUCCAGCACAAGAUCACAGUGCAGGCCUCCCCGACGCUGGACCGCAGGAAAAGUCUGAUGGGGAGCAGCUCCAGCCCCCCUGCCAGCCCCACCAUUAUCCCCCGACUGAGAGCCAUCCAGUUGACCCCCGGAGACAGUAACCAGGGCUGGGGGCGCAACGCUGCCUUCCAGCCGGACGGAGACGAGGAGGAGAGGAGGGGCCACAGGAGGAAGGGCCGGACCUGGGGGCCGGGGCCACUCUGUCACAGAGAGCUGCAAUGCGGGGAGGAGAGUGUGAAGGUGCUGGGCGAUGGGAACAAGCAGUGGUCCUGCAGUGCCCCCAGCCUGGGCCGAGCCCCCCGGGGCAGCCCUGCGGUGCCAGGGGUCCCCAGCCUUGCGGAAAUGGAGGAUGAAGAAGACUGUUUCAUCAAGGAGGUGGAAAACACAACCCCGCCCACAACCCACCCCAGCCACUCCUACCUCUGCAUCCCCUUUAAUCGGGGGGAGGGGGAGGGGCCUGUUGCUGAGGGCAGCGGGGAGUACAGCCCUGCGUUCUCCGCCCCCGACACGCCCACCACCAUCACCAGCAGCAGCAGCAGCAGUGUGAAGCGAAGCCCGUCCGUGGCCCGCAGGUCCGAGCUGGUGCUGCUGGGCUGUGGGGCUGUGCUGGCUGCCGUAGGGCUGGGCCUGGACCUGCUGGGGGGGAGCAGGCAGGGGGAGCGGCAGACCAAGAGGGAGGGCUUCUUCCACCGCCGCAGCGCCAGCCCCACCGCCCGCAAGCUGUUCCCCAAGGAGAGCCCCCUCCCCCCAGCCCCGCUGCCCUCCUCCCUGUCCUCUCUCUCGGACUGUAACUCCAUGCGCUCCCUACUGCACUCUGACAGCGAGGAGCUGCUGGCCUACCGCCUGCCCGGGGCCCUGGCGAACCCGCUGGUCAACACCCACCUGGAGAGCUUCAAACGGCACCCGCGCCAGUCCCUGACCCCCACUCACCUCCCCGCCUCCAGCGCACCACGCCAGCCCCUGCGCAGGACCCCCUCCGAUGGGGCCAUCAAGAGGGGCACUGCAGAGGGGGCCCGUCCCGGGACAGCCAGCAGCCCAAAGCGUGACGACACGCCGGUCCCCCGUCUCCCGGACCCCAAUCUGGUGUUCCCCCCGACCCCUCGCCGCCGCUGCCCCGCCCCCCUGCAGGACCCCACCCCCGAGCGGCCCAAGACCCUGGACUUCCUGUCACGACCCCGGCCCACCGCCCGGCCUCGCCUGGAGCCCUGGGGGCGCUGUGACUCCCCAGCGCUCAGCUCCAGCACCGGCACCCCCCCCACCCUGGACUCGAGCGGUGGGAGUGGGGGGAGCGCGCCCGAGGAGAGGCCCGGGCUGCUGGACCGGGACGUGGAGGGACAGAGCCGUGACGCCACCCUCCCCCUCUCCAGCGCGUACAGCUGGGCCCCGUACCGCCUCAAACACAACUUCUGGUCCUAGCGUGCCUGCCGCCCCUCUGCCACACCAACAGAGAGCCCACACUCACUGGCAAGGCACUUUACUGUUGGGAUUUUAGUGUUAUUAUUUAUUCAUAUUUAUUACUGCUUUGGAAGUGCUGCCAAAUUGAAAAACCCAAUCAUUCCCAAAUCGUCCUCCUAAUAUGAUUUUUUUUUGCUGUUUGCAAUCGUUCUGAGUGGUUCUUAUUGCAAUUCAUAAUAUAUUGCUGUUUUAUUUAUUUUCCUUCUUGUUGUGUGUUAUACUUUGACUUUGAGUUGAGGAGCUGCUCUUCAGUUCUAAUUGCCUGCCAUAGACAUACUGUAACCCAGGCUAUACAAAGUGUCUUAUAUCAGUAAGUGCUCAGGUAUGUAUUCUCAGCAAUACAAAAGAAAACUCAAUUGAAAAUGGCAGAUCACUAAAUGGCGCUAUCCCCUCUUUCGGCUGUUCUGUCCUGGGUUACACAUAUCUAUGGCAGGCAGCUACAAACGAAGAGCAGCUUCUAAACCCGGGUCCAGUUUGAGUCGUUGCAAUAAAAAACGCACCGAACGCUUGAAACAUUAUGAAAGGGUAUUCUGAAGCUUCUUACUUGUAACCAAGGGUGGAUCCAAUUCCAAUCAGAAGCAUUCUGAUUCUCUCCCUCAGCAUGGUCAGAUGAGAAGACUCUCUGAAGACGCUGCUGGUUUGUGGUGCUGGGUGGUGGGGCGUUCAUUGACAGUGUUACCCUUACUACUCAGACCGCUUGCUCACUCAAUAUCUUUGUAUCCCUGCAUAGAUGAUUGUUCUUCAAAAAGAAGAUUUUAACAAGCUGUCCCGCAAGUGCAGUGGCACCCCAGAUCCAUUUAGAAUGACUGUCUGCUGGGAUAUUUUGUUCCAAAAUGUUUUUCCUGCAACGACUCCCAAAACUGGUAUCAUGUUGAAUGUUGUGUACAUUUAGACCGUACGGUCUGACCAGCUCUUCCUGUGGGAUUAACUGUGGUUUGAUAUGGAGGAACCAGCCAAGAGACGGACUGGAAACCACUAUGCAAAGCCAGAGGAGGAUGUCGUUGCCCCUCUCAAUUCCCGGCUGCAGCCCAGCUUUAACCCCGUAGCAACCCAAUUCUCCAGAUCAGACCGGUACUGCUUCAGUGCGUUCCCCUGCAUUCUCCAGAUCAGACCCCUCUGCCGUGCCUCUCCCCCUCGAAUGGGACUCCCAAGCAGGGCUGGGAUCAGCAUGAAUGUAGCAAGUCAGCUGAAUGUCUGUCCUGUAAUCUUACUGCUGGUUGUGCGUCACUUUCUCUGUGUCAGUUUGGGCACGUUCUGGCCAUUCAUCUCCUGUGAGUAGCCUGUGUUUCUGUUUCUUAAUGUUGCUGCAGAACCAUCAUGUGCCCGCCGUGUAUCCAUUCACACCCACACUGCUGUGUAUUGCUGAUUCAGCUCCCUCACUUCAGUACCACACUCUGGACCAAGUCCUUUCGAGUUUCGAUGGUGGCUCUAUUUAAAUAUUGUUACGGAGUAACUUUUUAUGGGUCAGAAUUAGCACAGUUAACUAAGGCAUUCUUGUUUUGAGAAUCAUACUGUAUCAUUUUCUGUUUCACUCAUCAAAUCCUGGUGUCUUUUUAAAACUCAGCAGUUUAAAAGGGAUCAUGUCUUCUCUCUACAUACAGCAGGAUCUGUCCCCCUGCAACGCCCUGCAGUCCAGUGGAUUUAUGAAAUCCCGUGUUUGUUCUUUGUGGUGUUUCACAGUGAUGUACAGUACGUCUUCCACUCACCGGGGGCAGUGUUGCUGGAGGAGAGGUUGGUUGUUACACUCUCUUGUACCAGAUGUACUUGAAGGUUUGAAAUGAUUCUGAGAGCUCUACAAGGGACACAGUGAUGCUUUAAAAGGCUGAUUUAAAAAGCUCCCAGGAUGUGAUGAGAGUGAUAUACAAAGUGAUUCUAAAUUACAAGGAGAAUACAUUAGAUAAGUAAUGUACGUUUCUAAGCAUGUAGCUGGUGUACCGCAGACCAUUAUUUUUCCAUAUUGUUUUGGAUUGUAUUUUAUGCUGCUAAUGUAAUAUCUUGAGGUUUGUAGGACUCGUGAUUGUUCAAACCGACACCGUUUUAAACAUCACCAAACAUGAUGCCCUGAUGCAUGAUCAGGAUCGCGUUGCGAGGAUCAGAGAACUCUGUGGCCUUACAUAUUAUACAUAUUUGCAAGCUGGGCAAAUCAUUCCCCAUAUUACACCAAUUUCAUCACUCUUUAAUCAGAUAGUUUAUUUCAGCUGAACAGAAAACGUCCCUCUGUAAAGGUUUUCCACAGUAAAUGUGCAGGUAGUUUUGCAGUUUUUCCCCAUGGUUAUACUACGCAUUUGCCAUGGUUUGCCAUGCAUUUUAAUAUGCUUUACCAUGCUUUCACUAUGCUUUGUUUCACUUUGCUGUGCUUUUACUGUGGGAGACUUUUAUAAAGGUCCCUUCAAAGUCUACAAAGCUAGUCUACUCGUGUAUCUUGCAAGUCCUUAUGUGAGAGGGAUUGAAAUCGACACGCUUCGUGACAGCAGGUACUGUGAUUAUAAUACAGAACAAUUUCAAGUUGCAUGGUUGCAGCGAUUUCCAGCAAUUCAAUGACUUCCUUCAUUAAGGGAUUGGGUGAUUACUCCAAGCAACUGCAAACAUCAUAAAAAGGUAAAGUGUUCAUGUGUUCAUGCAAACCCCAGGAAGACCGUUCACAGCUCUGCAAAAUUCAAAGAAUAAGAAGUCAUGUUUAUAACAAGCAGAUAGCUUGUGUUCCAGCCGUAAUCCUGUUUCAGUGUUUGCUUUAUUUAUUCAUUUAUGAAUGUAUUAGUUAUUGGAGGUAUGUUUUUCAGAUCUCACAAGAGAAAGCGACAGUAAAGACACUUUCAACAGUGUUGCAAAGCCCAUACAGUGUUAAUCAUAUGUAUUUAUUUUUAUUGAAAGGGGUUUAAGCAGAUUAGAUCCCGCCUUUCUUGUUGUGCACAUCAGUUAGUUUUGAAAGAAACACAUGUUAUAGCAAACCUGUAUUUUCAUUUUAAAAAGUGAUGCCUGGGACCAUACUGGGUUAAAGAAAGCUCUGUUGCAUGCCUUACUUUCAUGUAGUGUUGCACUUCCUCGGUCACCUGGAGAAAUUGUCCCCAACUCAUCAACACCUUUCCUUUCAUUUACCAAUCAGCUGUGAAACAGAAAAAGACUACCAGAUAGUAAGCCACGCAGAGCAGUAACUCUCUGUAACCUAGCGUUGUAGCCAAAUAUGCUUUCAUUCGUUUCUAUACCAUGCAUUUCUUUCCAAACUGCACACGUGUGACCUACACAGUGAAUAGAAGUGACAGGUAAGACAUUGAAAUAGUGACUGAUUUGCCUUAAAAACCCAUGUAGAAAAUAUCAGCACUGUAGGUGUGAGGAUAACAAAAACACAAUGUAUACAAUAUAAACAAAAUCAAAGUUCUUUCAGAGCUGCGGUACGUCAUGUAUAACCUCCUACUGGUGCAAGAAGUCGCAGGAGCAUGACUAUGUGGCUCACAGAGUGACAGUGGAAUAAAGGGGCAGCAAAGCCUGUGGAGCUAAAUUUACCUUUUAUGGAAUGGGAAACAAACUGGACUGUCAACAAGGUCUUUGUUUCAGAUAUAACAGCGUGCACAGAGAGCUGUGGAAGAUGGUUGAAACAAAAUGAUGGUGAGACACUUGUGUUUUAAUGCAGUGUGGUUCAGUUCUGUACAAGCUGCGUUUGAUGCACCUGAAUUAUUACCACUGUACGUUUCAGAGCAAAAAUAGAGAACCAAUUAACCAAUCAAGACUGUGUCGUGACAAUAUAGACGCUGCACUGCAGUGGAAGGUCCAGCCAGCUCAAUCACAAGGCAGACUGGCUGAUUGUUGUAAAUCUCUCGCUAACUAGAGUGCCUCCUUCUGGCAAAUAGGAGUAUCUGCAUCCCAAUCUCCAGCUACAAAUGGCACAACCCAAAAAAAUCACUGCUGCCAUCUCCAGAUUGCUUCUGCAAUUUAAAAACAAGCAAACAAAUAAGUAUGGUACUAUUGUUUUCUUCCUAUGUAUGUCCAUGUAAAAAAAAAACACUACAUUUUUUAUUAAGUUAUUUAAAGUUGUAGAAUACUAUUGAAAUACAAUGAAGUUAAAGGUGUGAUAAUAUCCUCCUCAGCCUAACCAAUGGGGGGUUCAGAAUUAAAGGGCUUUACUGGAGUCCAAAGUGAAUGAAGUUUUGAAAUCAGCAAACCAAUGAAGAGCUUUGCGGGAAUGUGCUGAGGAGAGAAGGGAAAUCGGUCAUCACUCGUUUCAGAUCAUUGUGGCCUGAAAUCUCCACCAAGGAUGCCAAGCAGGCUUGGUUUUGUGGCUAGAUGUAUUAUAUGUAUUCUUAUUAUUUAUUAUUAUGGCAAUGGUUGUUAUUAGUGUUAUUCCAGUGAUGGUGACAGCAGUAUUGUUAUUGUAAUAAAAUAAGAUACUGUUUUAGGAUUGGUGUCAGCACUGGAGCACAUUCAGACUUGAAUAAAAAUCAGAGUAAGAGGA